GUUUCACGCCCGAUUCUGUUGUGUUCACGGAAAGAAAAUUAACAAGUGAGCUAUCGAAAACGGAGGGCCGUGACACACACUCACGAGUUUCCAUCGGACGCAUCCCUUGGGGCUGGAGAAAGGCAACUGAAUAGUAGCUGUGAACGAAAACCAAAAAAACAACAUUAACGCCGCAGAAAGGGGAGUCGGAAUUUCCAAGGAGCACUUGUUCUAGCUAGCCAGGGAUUCACACUUAGCCUUUCGAAAGCGUCCGUGAGGUUUUCUCCCGAAAGGGUGGAAAGUUGCGCUAGCCGAAACUUCCAUCACGAUGAAAUUCAGAAGGUCAUCGAAAAGCAAAAGUUCGAAGGAGAGCGAUCCCAGUAUGGAGCAAGCGCCGAAAAUCGUAUCCAUCACUCCUGCUCCUUCUCAUGUCCUGCAUUCGCCCAGAAAGGCGGAUCUUUUCGACUCGCACCUUGCGAAAGUCUUUGCGAAUGGGAUUUCGGUGCCCGUAGAUCCGGACGGCCGGAUUCAGCAUCAUCGUGAACUGGCAAGAGACUUGAGGCGCAGGUCAUCCUCAGCUCAGAGAUCUGUCCAACAACUGACUAUGCCGUAUUCUAGCUAUCAUUCCCGUUCUUCCAGAGCGAGAAGCAUCGAGCGUGGUGGUUCUCGGUCUGGUGGUCAUCCUCCAGAGGUCCAAAAUUUUCAGCCACAACAGUACAUCACAAGUUCCGUCCACAACCGAGACCGAAGCUGGCACGCUCAUUCUAUGCCUUCGCUUCCAUACAAAGAAGAUGUAUACAACGGAUAUCGUAAUGUGCAGCACCAGAAUGCUACUGCGUAUGAUGCUUACGCAGACUGUAGACUAAGACAACGGAGUAACGGUCGCAGUCGGAGCACAGAGAGAAGGAGCCGUCCACAAAGUUAUGACCAUUCACGAAGCCACGAAGAAGAUAUAGCGCAGCCCGGCGAACUUCCGAUUCAUCAUGAUGGCCCAGUGGAAGAUCCCCGGCAGUCUAAUUUAUUGUAUUCGGAGCCGCCUUCGGAUGAUUCCAAUGAUCGGUCGUUGGGGAAAAAGCGAAAACCCAAAAUGGAGAAAAUUCAAGAACUGAAAGCGAAAAACGAUUUGUACAAGGAAGAAUUCAAGAGGGUGCAAAAGGAUAGAAAGAAGCUGAAAAAGGAAGUUGAAUAUAAGAAGAGCGAAAUUGCCUCGCUAACAAAUGAGAUUGAUUCUCACAUUGAGGAGACUUCCGUCCUCAAACGGAAGCUAUCAGAAGCGUUGCAGGAAUUGGAUAGGACGGAUCUCAGCAGCCGCAAGGAUAAGAGCAAUCUUGUGCGAGUCAACAAAGAGCUCGUAGAAAGCAGAGAAGAGCUAGAUGCUUUAAGAACGCGCAUUAAAGAAUUGAACAAUGAUAUUGCAACGCUUCACGAUGCCGUGAAACGGAAAGAUGCCCAAAUUGAUUCACUCACAACUGAAGUAACAGAACAAACAGGCUUGAUCGAAGCGCUCAGGAACGAGAAUAGACUCGAAGCAAAUGGGAAUCAGUAUUUGUUUACUAGAAUAAACGAAGAGAAAAUACAGGGAUUGUUGGAGGAAAAUAAGAAUAUACAGAAGGAACUGGGCUCGACGUUGGAACGUGCUGCUGCUAUGGUAAAGGAUCGUGAAGAUGCAAUUGCAGAUCUGCUCAAAGAAAACGAUGAGAUAAAGAAGCAGCUUUUGGGUAACUGUCAAGCGCAAGAGUUGCGACCAAUGGUUUCUGCGGAUGAUCUGGAAGAACUAAAAGACAACCUUGACAACACACAUCGGGCACUAGAAGAAGCACAAGAUCGAAAUCUUGUAUUGGAGGAGGAAAUUGAAGGCUGGCUCGCUCGUGGCGGAUCUAUGGAGAGCGAAAUGGUAAGGCUUCGUGAUGAAGUCCUCUCUUGGAAGCAGAAGGCCGCAGCUUCGCAAGACUCUGUGGCAAUCGUUGAAACUAGCGCAGAAGAAGCGAUGGUAGAAGCCCAAGCAGCUCGAAAAGCACUUGCGGAACUUGAAGAAAUUCAUGCAAACAGUCUUGCCCGAGCAGAGAUUCAACACAAAGCUGCCAUGAGCAAAGCCGAAGAGCGUCUUAUGGAAGCAUUGAUGGAAGCAAAAAAAGCAAAUGAUCGAGCUGAAAAUACGAAGUUGGCAACCGAGAGACUAGAGACCGAUACAUCCAACUGCGAAAAUAUGCCCCACCAAGUUGAACCUAGUGACGAUCAUGCGCGCCAAGCGAUGCUUCUAGAGCAGGCAGUUGCUUAUCGUCGAAGCAAGACGGGAGUCGCGAACAAAAAGGGAUGGUUUUCUGGUCUUGGGAUAAACGAUGAAGAAGAACUGACCGAGGACCAGAAGCGAAUAAAGGAACUGGAAGCUAUUAAUACAGACCAAAAUGAAGAAAUUCAGAAGCUGAAGAGCGAAUUAGUCCGAUUGAGAUCAAGCUACAACGAAGCCACGUAUACUACAAAGAAAAAGAUUGAGCGAUUGGAACAUGAAAAUGAGGCUUACUCCUUGAAGGUAUCUGCCCUAGAGCAAGCAUCGAACGACAUGGAGGAGACAACAACGUAUAAUGUUGCAAAUUGA